AUGGGCGAGGAGUACGCGCGCUCUCCGUGCGAACGUUUCCCGACGGUGGGCGCUUUCAGCGUGGCUCCGCCGGAACGCCUGAGUCCACCGCCGCCCGCUCCGCUUCCCGACCGGUUCUCGGCGUCGCCGCGGCGGGUGCGCCGGAGUGUAGAAGCAGAGAGAGCCAGGAGGCCGCGCUAUGUCCCGCCGGCGGCUCACGUUCCGGUCGAGAGAUACGUUCCUCGGCCGCCGGCGCCCGUGAGGCCUCCCCCGCCUGUGUACUGCGGGCUGGCCUGUCGCCUGCCUCCUCCCGGGCCCCGCAAGUGCUGCGGCCCCGCGUGUCGCGAGGACAUCGGGGGUUCCCCGCCCCCGACCCGCUACGUGGACUACGUGGGGGCCGCUGCAGCCAGGCGCCUGGCUUGCACACCGCCCCCACCUCCACCGCCAGCUCUUCAACUCUGUGAUCCCCAGGAACCUCCAUGUUGUGCUCAAGCUCGCAGAAGAAAUCAACAAACACACGACUGGUAA